AUUUUUCCAGCGGUCUGCGGUAUUGUGAUGUGAGGUUAUAUUUUUAAACUGAAAUAAAGUAAUGCAUUAAAAUAAAUAGUUAAUGAAUUUAGUUGGGUUUGGGUAAUAUUCAAAGUGGAAGAUUUGAUUUCUAUUUAAUAAAAAAGUGUUAAAAGUUGUAUAGGUAACUGAGGCUUCUAAAUUUCGAUAAUGUAUUCGAGACUGAACAAGUACACGUCAAGCAUUAACUACAGACUGGGCAUAUCUCAACGGUACAGCAGCAGCAUAUUAAGAAAGAAGGAAUCACCCGCCAGGCAGAUCGAGCAAGGCAAAGGCGCACAUGGAUUUGUCUGCUCUGAAGUGGAACAUAUCAAAGAGUACAACAUGACUGCGUACCUCCUCACACAUGAGAAAACUCAAACAGAAUACCUCCACUUAGAAAGAGAUGACUCAAAUAACGUUUUUUCGAUCGGAUUUCGAACAACGCCUCUAGAUUCUAUGGGUACACCGCACAUUUUAGAGCACACAGUCUUGUGCGGGUCAGAGAAGUACCCGGUGCGUGAUCCGUUCUUCAAAAUGCUCAACAGGUCUUUGGCCACAUUCAUGAAUGCUCUGACAGGACCUGAUUUUACGUUCUAUCCGUUCUCCUCACAAAACGAAGUGGAUUAUAGGAACCUGCAAAAAGUAUACCUUGACGCGGUGUUCAAACCGAAUUUGUCGAGGUUGGAUUUCCUGCAGGAAGGCUGGAGGUUGGAACAUUCUAAAUUAGAAGAUAAAACCUCACCUUUGGGCUUCAAAGGAGUCGUAUACAAUGAAAUGAAGGGCGCAUUUUCGGAGACGAGCUCUCUCUUCGGUCAGAAAUUCAUGAACGCCAUUUUACCUAAAGGCACUUACGGCUACGUUUCUGGCGGGGACCCGUUACACAUUCCAGAGUUGACGCACCAGCAUUUGAAAAAGUUCCACGAAACUUACUACCAUCCUAGCAACGCGAGAAUUUAUUCUUAUGGCAACUUUCCUUUAGAAGCCAAUCUGAAGUUUGUCAACGAAGCUUAUUUGAGUAAAUACGAUUUCUUAGACCCGACAAAUACUGUCGUCACACGCCAGGAAAGGUGGAAAGCGCCCAAGAGGGAAAGUAUAACUUGCCGAGUAGACCAAUACGGCGUGCCUAUAGAAAAACAGAACCAAAUCGCAAUAGGCUUGGUUAUGUCUGAUAUCACGAGUAUAUAUGAUACGUUUAUGUUGACAGCGUUGGCUGAACUCAUGAUAAUUGGUCCGAACUCCGCUUUCUAUAAAAGUCUCAUAGAGAAAAACAUUUCUGGAGGAUACAACUCUUCGACAGGCUAUGACAAUCAAAUAAGAGACACGUUAUUCGCUGUAGGUCUGAAAGACGUCGAAAAAUGUAACUUUGAUCUAGUAGAGAAGAUAGCCGAUCAGACUAUCCAAGAAAUAUUCGAAAAAGGUUUCGAGAAGUCUCACAUUGAAAGCGUUCUGCAUGGCUUCGAGCUUUCUAUCAAACACCAAUCUCCAAAGUUUGGUCUCAACGUACUUUUCAAUUUAAUGCCGCUUUGGAACCACAACGGUCCCGUUUUGAAUGCUUUGAAAGUCAACGAAUUACUUGCUAAAUUAAAAACUGAUUUGAUGAAUCCAAGCUACGUUAAAGAUGCUAUCGAAAAGUAUUUCAUCUUGAAUCCCCAUAGGCUUGUAAUGACCAUGCAACCUGAUCCGAAAUUCGAUGACAUUUUCAACGAAGCCGAAGCUAAAUUGCUGAAAUCUAAAGUUAGCACAUUGACUGAGAAGGAAAAAGAACAAAUAUACAAAGAUGGAUUAGAACUCUCCAAAUCGCAGAAGGAAGUGCAAAACUUAGAAGUGCUGCCUUGUUUGAAGAUUGACGAAAUUACUGUGAAUAAAACUGCUCCUCCUCUAAAACACACAGUGGCUGAUACCAUCCCUCUACAGCUAUGCGAAGCGAACACGAAUGGUGUUACUUACUUUAAAGGAAUAUUGGGCACUGAAUAUCUAAACGAAUCUCAGAGACAAUUGUUGCCUUUCUUCAACUAUAUUCUCGACAAAUUCGACACCAAGUCCUACAAUUACCGAGAUUUCGACAAGCACGUGAGUAAAACUACUUCAGGGUUGGGCGUCAUCACCCAUAUAACCGAACAUAUCGAUCAACAAGGCCAAUACGAACAAGGCAUUGUGAUCAGCAGCCACUGCCUCGACGAGAACCUUCCGAAGAUGCUUGAUAUUUGGUCCGAGAUAUUUAGUAAACCCAACUUCGAGAAUAGCGAACGAAUGGCAAUGCUCCUGAAUAAUUAUUGUUCUUCACUCUCGAACGGCGUAGUGAGCAAUGGACACACUUACGCUAUGCAAGCCGCUAGAUCUCUCAUCUCCUCUGUAGACGAAUGCAAAGAAAACCUUACAGGUCUCCACCACGUCAUGAAAAUGCAAGAAGUCCAAAAGACACAUGGCAUUGAACAGAUCCAGUCUUUGGUCGAACAAAUCGGCAAUUCCAUCCUUAAAGGGAACAACUUGAGAGCUGCCAUCCAUUACUGCAACACAAAUAAAGAUGUCCAUGAUUCCGUAAAUAAUUUCUGCGUUGAUUUGUGCAAGGAUGACGUGAAUAAAGAGCUGAAUCGCAUCAAUUGGACGGAAUGUGUACCGAUGCCUCAGGAUAAACGUGGUAUCCACAUAUCCAUGAAUAUACCCGUCAACUUCUGCUCUAAAGUUGUACCUACCGUACAAUAUACUAAUCCAGACUACGCGAAACUCCGAGUUCUGUCUAGAUUCCUGAGCUCCAAAUAUCUUCAUCCUGUAGUCAGAGAACAGAAUGGUGCUUACGGGGGUGGAGCAGCAUUGACAAUGGACGGGACUUUUAAUUUCUAUUCGUACAGAGAUCCUAAUUCUAAAGUUACCCUAGACGUUUUUGAUAACACCGCGGAUUGGAUGGUGGAAAACCACAAUCUGUUGGAUGACCAAAACCUGUUUGAAGCUAAGCUGUCCAUUCUGCAGCAAAUGGACCAACCCAUCGCUGAAUACAUGAAAGGGGUGGACUUGUUCCUCUACGGUCUCUCUUACGAUAUAUGGAAGACGCAGAGAGAGCGCGUUUUGGCCGUGAAAAAGGAAGAUUUGGUGGAAGUUUGCGAAAAGUACUUAACCAAAGAGAAGUGGUCCGGUAAAUGCGUCAUUGGCGAGGGUUCGCAAGAUCUAGAGAAUAGUGAAGUGAUCUGGCAAAAGAUUAGCGGUCCUCAGCAGUGAAAAUGUUAUCUUCUUUUUGCGAAAAGCAACCCAUUUUGAUUGCCAGAAAGUCCGAUGGACGUUUUAAUUUUGGGAUUUACAUAUAUUUAGUAAAACAUCACUUUGAUAUCAUUAGUGUGGUAUUUCACGUCUCAUUCUUUAACAGCUUUACUAUGUGUUGUCAACAAUGAUAUUACAUAUUAUACUUAGGGACCUUCUUAAUAAACAAGGAAUAAACUCAGACGAGUUACGACGUUUUUUGUUCAUAUCACUCAAAUGCCAUUAUUCAUUCAAUGAA